GGAAUGAUUAACUUAAUAAACACCAUGUCCAACUGAUGCAAGGUUACUACUCAAUUAAGAAGAGGAUCGAUUAGUCACAAAAUAACUUGUUGUGUAACUUAUUUAUAAUGUUCUGGUACUUUGUUAGAAUGUCGCACUGUCAAACUAUUUUUUGCUAUUCAGCAGUUCUUUUCGACUGCCUGUGUGCGCCACUUCACCCGUUAAAGUACGAAGCUAAUCUGUCUCUUUUCAACGAGAUGCUGUCUCCACGAUGGCAGAUGGCACAGUGUUUCGACUCUAUUCUUUAGGCGAUCAUUAGAGAAAAAAAGGAAGUGUUUUAUGUUGCCGUGUUGUUGGGAGUAUUCGUCAUUCGAUCAACUCAAAACUUGUUGGGUAAAUUGUUUUUCUCUUACACUUAGGCUUUCUUCUUUUACACCUAAGAAACACUUUAUGAUUUUUGUAUAGAGGAGUUAUCUUCCGUUUUCCCUUCAGGAUUACUUUGAUAUCAUGAUUUUGGCUUUGACGCGUAGACUGUCGACGUCAUUUUUUGACUAGUACAACAACAGCUAUUGUGGCUGGGUGAAUGAUUCUUACCAAACAGUUAAUCACUAGAAACUCUUUGUAAGCUGCGAGUUAAGUAAACCGUGUAGAUUGCUAUAAACACCUUCCUGUGACAUAUGUCAGAAGUUUGUAUUGAACAUUUAAUUCACAAUUGCGUACCUCUGUCUGUAACCUGGUCCCAGACCUCCUUUAUGUUGGAAGAGUAUCUUUUCCAAUAUGGCCGCCGUCGAGACGAGAAAAUAACCGAAACAUUGUAAAAAUUUUUAUGGUUAUUUGCAGUUCAUACUCAAUAAUUUUCAAAAGAAUGGCGAUUUCUUUAUCAAAGAGUAUCUUCAAGCAGCAAUUUUCGACCUGCAGAGCAAUGCUUGUGUUAGAUAAACGAAAUGUAGUAUGUUGGUGUCGAGAAAGACAACAAAUUGUUCACAUCCCGUCGUCAAGAAAUUUAUCCAUGAAAUUGAGUUUCCAUUUUUCAAAUUCAUGCUAUGAAAGCUCAAGAGCAAAUGGCGUUUGUAAAAUUAGCUGUACUAGAUAUCAAUAUAUGACAAAGAGAUUGUUUUGUAAUAAAGUAUCGUUUCUUAUCGAUGGAACAACCAAAAAUUUAGACGACAGGGCUCUUCACGAAGAAAAUGUCGUGCUAAAAAGGGUGUUAGACAAAUUAAGAGAAGAUAACGGUGUCAACAUAUGCGUUGUAAAAACAUCAGAUGAAAGAAGAAAAUAUGCGGAUUAUAUCGUGGUCGUUAGUGGUCGAUCAACAAGACAUUUAAAGGCCAUGACCAAUCAUAUCCAUACGCAGAUAAAAAACGAUUUUCCCAAUGAAUAUAUUCUUGUCAGUGGCGUGGACUCUGAUGAUUGGAUGGUCGUUGAUCUUGGUACGAUCGUCGCGCAUUUAUUUCUACCCGAAGUUCGAGAGAAGUACGAAUUAGAAAAAUUGUGGUCACUGGGACCCGAGAAUGAUGAACAGUACCAACAAAUGUUGAAAGAUGAUCGCUAUGCGGAACAAGUUAAAAAUGCAAAACUCGAGGAUUUCUUUACAAAAUAACAAUGAUCUGUUUUAUAUAUUUCUGACCAAAUCUUUACUAACAACUCUACAUGAUCUGUUUUUAUAUUUCUGAUCAAAUCUGAAUAAACUUACCCGUAAAAUACAUCCGAUAUACAAAAGAUAAGUUUCUUACUAUAUUUGCUUCUUGUUCCAAUAAAUUAUAACACCGUCAA